CCAUCAUACUGUCAUGUUCGAGAGAGAUAAUGGCUAAGUUUUCUUCAAAAAAUCCGCAAGAUGCCUUUAGAUUGCGGUGAAAACUACCAAGAUGAGAACAAGAAGUAAUUCAAUUGUUCGCUUGGACUGGUAUCACCACUUGGUAACGAGUACAAUACUUGACUUCCAGGACCCUGUCACAGGUCUGCUUCCACCAAGAGUUAAAUGGAAUACUGAGGAUCAUCAGUCCAGUGAAUUUCCCAAGCAUGCCUGGGUACGUGACAAUGUAUACAGCAUUAUUGCAGUGUGGGCAUUGGCUUUGGCCUAUCGUAAAAAUGCAGACAUGGAUGAAGACCGUGCCAAGGCUUAUGAGUUAACACAGGCUGUUGUCAAGUGUAUGAGGGGUUUACUUUCAUCAAUGAUGAGACAGGCUGAGAAAGUAGAAAGCUUCAAGACUAGUCAAUCCAGAGCAGAUUCUCUUCAUGCAAAAUAUGAUAUUGCAACUGGCAGUACUUGUGUUAGUGACCAUGCAUGGGGACAUCUUCAAAUUGAUGCUACAUCUCUUUACCUUCUCAUACUUGCACAAAUGACUGCUUCAGGUAUUCAGCUUGUUUUUACAGUGGAUGAAGUUGCUUUUGUACAAAAUCUUGUGUUUUAUAUUGAAAAGUCUUAUUCAAUUCCUGGUAAAUAUGGUUUAUGUCGAUUUCUUCGAGAUGGAUACAAAACACCAGUUGAGGAUCCUCAUCGUCUUCAUUAUGAACCAGCGGAGCUUGAAAUAUUCCAGCACCUGGAGUGUGAAUGGCCAUUGUUUUAUUGCUACCUUAUUCUUGAUGGUCUUUAUUUAGACAGACCAGAGCAGGCCAAGAAAUAUACUAAUCUUCUGGAUGAAUUGUUAAUAAGAGAUGAAACUGGGCUCAUUCUUGUACCAGAACUUUUUUACGUCCCUAGGGAGAAGGUUGCUGAAGAAAAGUCAAAUCCUCACAGUGUUGAGAGAACUAGAGGAGAGUUUGCACCUCAUAUGUGGUCUCAGUCUCUUUAYAUAGUUGCUAGUCUUCUACAGGAGAAAUUCAUAGCUAUUGGUGAACUAGACCCACUUAAUAGAAGACAUUCAACUGAGAACAGACCUGAUGUUGUGGUUCAAGUUGCUCUGYUAGCAGAAGAUGAAAUUGUUUCUCAACUACUUUGUGGACUAGAUGUGCCUGUUCAGCUUGUCAGCCAUGUUGAAAAUAUUGAAGUACUCCCUGCUCAUGUCCUAGGAAUGACGUAUCAACAAUUAGGAAAGUGUACAGAUCUUAAUUUAACUGGAAGACCAAUCUACAACAUUGGUGCUCUAGCAUCAAGUACUCUCUACAGAAUGGGAACUGGRCUGUUUGCAUUCACUCCACAGUUCCUGGACUACCAUCAGUUUUACCUGUGCCUGGACAAUGAGUUUCUGGCAGACCGAUUAAAAUCCUUGGUAGGAUACCUUGGUGCAAACUGGAGGCUUUUAGGGAGACCAACUUUGACACUUCUAGUCACAAACUCCAUGAUGGAGGAUUCCCAGUCAUCCUGUAUUGCUAAACUUAUUCUGAAGCUAAAAGGUGGAUACAUAUCUGGAGUGAGAGUACGGCUGGGUUUUCUCUCAGACUUUCUCAGUACGUCUUGUGUGACAACUCUUCAUUUUGUGAGAGACUAUGGGGAACAAGGUAUUAGAAGUAUGCAAAAAAGGUUAUCCACAUCCAAAGAUAUUCUGAAAAGGUCUGACUCAGUAAGCAGAGAACGAACACCYUCAUUUGUUGGAGGCUCCCCAGAAGCUAGAAGUACAGGAAGGAUUUCUGAUGUAUCUGGUGCUAUCAAGAGAAGUAGAAGUAUUUCUAUUUACUGUGAUAAAGACAAUAUGUCCAUGGGUGUACCAUGGCCUCAUUUGAACAGCAUGGCUGCCACAUCAAGUACAUUUGAAACAUCCAUUGAGGUUACACCAGCUAGAAAAGAAACAUUUGAGGAAAGGGUUGCUAAUGGCUGGUCACCAACAAGAUCAAGAACCCUGUCGUUGCUUGUUGACUCUGAAACUAAACAGUACAUCAAAGAGCUUGAAGAAUCUUCUGAUAUCUAUGACCAGGCUGACAUUAUGCAUUUUCUUUAUAAGACUAAGGGUCCAGACUUCGAUACUCAUCUGUUUGGUGCAGAAGGAACAACAAUUGAAAAACUAUUAGAAGAACUUUAUGAAAAGGCAUGUGAAUACAAGGCGUGGUCACUUGUUAGGCACACAGCAGGCUUACUCCAAAAAGAAGUUGAAGAUUUAGCAGAGUGUUGCACAGAUUUACUAGUGAACCAGAAACAGAUUACGCGAGGAUGCUGCUGAGUACUUCAUGAACCUAAGUCCAUUUGAAAUGAAGACUUUAUUAUAUCACAUCCUGAGUGGAAAAGAGUUUGGAAUCUCWGAUGGUUCGAUUCGUAACGUGUCAGAAAAGCAGCUGUCAAUCAUCAACAUCGACCUUCCAAAGAGAGUUGGAAUGAAGAAACUUUCUAAAGCUAUCAAGAAAAUGGGCGUUGUCACKCAGCUUUCGCGGAAACUUGGUGUUACUGAACCACCUCAUCUAGAAGUGAGUUUAAGCGAACAUCGUGGCUUAAAACGUCAAGUAGCAAACCCCGACAUUCAUCCAUCUCAUCUAAACAAACAAGAAAGCGCAGACUAUGCGGAAGAACACGAUCAACAAAAGCACAACGAACACCACGAAGACGAACGGGAAGGAAACUGGGUUAGAAGACGAUGUCUUGAUGGUGCGCUUAAUAGAGUGCCUGAGGACUUCUAUCGCAACGUGUGGAAAGUUCUAGAAAAGUGCCACUGGCUAACCAUCUACAAAAACAAUCUGCCCUCGGCUAUGGUUCGCGAAAUGACUGCCAGGGAACUCAAGUUUGCUUUGUGCGUAGAAGGAGCUCUAAAUCGAAUUCCGGAGCCAGAAUAUCGACAACUAAUCGUGGAAGCUCUUAUGGUAAUGGCGUUAGUAGUUGAAAACUAUCCCGACCAACCCUUAUGGGACACAGUUGAUGUGGAUGACUUAGUCUAUCAAGGAUAUAAGAUUUAUUUAAAAGAACAGGCUGCCAUUGGAGGCGAUUCGACGGUAUGUUGCGCACGCCCAGUGCACGARCAGAUCAGCUGCGGGGGUGCUUGUGGAAUUUGCCGUUAUUUCUACGAUACAGCACCGAGUGGCCGGUUUGGAACCAUGACKUACUUCUCUAAAGCCGUCGCAACGAAACUUAGUUAUAUUCCCCAUGAAAAUGAAUGCGUUUUGUCUUGAAUGAAGGCAUCGAUAAUGCAAGGAAAUGGAGGUCUUACAGAAUGUGUCCGGUAUAUUGAGAGAUUUUUUGAUUUGCCUUCGUUUCGUUACGAUGCAAGCAUAAGUCAUUGAAUGAUCAAAGCUAUAGACUGGGUACAUUUGAACUAUAAACCAAGCACACUAAAUCCGUGAAACAUUAAGUAUAACAGUGCAAAAUAGAUGCAGAAUAAUGUGAAUUUCUCUCUUUUCCUUUUGUCUCUUCAGCACAAUCUAGUAAUAUCUAGUACCAUUGUUUCACGGAUUUAUGGUGAAAGUUCAAAAAGACUCUUUAAAGUGUUUAGAUGUCCCUAGGGCACCAUAUUUCAUGCAAGCGAGAACUAAAAAUUAAAUCACUUUGCUAUUCUAAUUUAUUUUAGUUGUACAAAUAAUUUUGAAAAUGGAACAACAAUAAAAGCGCCUUAUAGAAGUAUGAAGGACAGGGUUUUUUAUAGAACUAUAUUACUAAGCAUAAAAAGUCCGUUUUAUUGACUGUUACAAUUCCAGUACAAGCUACAUUGUAGCCUCGUUCCAAUGAAAGAAAACAUUAGAAAUAGMCAAAUUUACAAAAAGAUUCGAUACUAAGCUCGCUUGCACUGGGAUUUUGAGACUAUUCCGAUAAGUUCAUAAGUUUUCAUAGCCCCGAGUGAACAUGGUCUCAAAGCCAUCUGGUCUUUCUUUGUCCAGGGGUUCUCGCAUAGUAAAAUCUUGUUUGUCUCUAUAAAGAAUAAAUAUUGUUGAGUCAUGUUUUGUGGUCGUGAUGUUUUGAUGUCAAUAGAYGCGUAUUAGCUGUAAGUUUAUCUGAUGUCACCGCAAAUCAGUUCCUUUACCCUAAUGUUUUCUAUCAUAGUCAUUGACUCUGUGAUCUUAGAUGUACAUUAAAGCAAAAAUAAAAUUGGAGGAGUUAYUGUCAA